CGCAGCAGCAGCAGCUGUUCGCUCGGGUGUCACAUGUCGGAAAGUCCCUGGCGCUGGGGGUGGAAAUCCCCGGCGCGGGCUGGGGCUUUUUUCCCUCGGCUUAGUAAAAUAGAAAGGAAAAAAAACAACAGCCCUUGACUCCAGUUUAUAGCCAGCGCAGCAGCAGCAGCAGCAGCAGCAGCGGGGAGGGAGGGGGCGGCCGAGGGAAGCCCAGCCAGGCGCUGUGAAGGAGCCAGAUUCUCCUGCAACCCAGUCGGGUCGGGCAUUCAUGGCUGCCCAGCUUAGCGCUGCCCUCGCCUGUGUGCACUGAUCUUGAGAAGGAUUGUAUCCGCCGCGCUGCGCUCUUGGAGGAGCCCUUCUGCAGAAAGGUAUCUUCUCAGAAAUGGCUGUCCAACAAGUUCUUCCCCAAGCUUUGUAUCUGAGCAAUAUGCUGAAAGCAGUGAAAAUUAGAGAGAGGACUCCUGAGGAUCUUGUCAAACCCACCAAUGGAAUAAUUCAUCACUUUAAAACAAUGCACAGAUACACAGUAGAAAUGUUCAGAAUGUGCCAGUUUUGUCCUCAGUUUCGGGAGACCCUUCAGAAAGCUUUAAUUGACCGGCCCACCCAGAUUUCACUGGAACAUGAGAGGAAGCUGAACUGGUGCAGGGAAGUUAGGAAACUUGUACCAUUAAAGACUAAUGGUGAUGGCAAUUGCCUCAUGCAUGCUGCAUCCCAGUACAUGUGGGGUGUUCAAGAUGUUGACCUGGUUCUGAGGAAAACACUGUACAGCGCACUGAAGGAAGUGGAUACACGCAACUUUAAGCUUCGUUGGCAACGGGAGACCAUUAAAUCGCAGGAGUUUGUAGAAACAGGACUCCAUUAUGACACCAGGAACUGGGAAGAGGAAUGGGAGAACAUCAUCAAAAUGACAUCCACAGAAACGCCAGUGGCCCGAAGUGGGCUUCAGUACAACGCACUGGAAGAAAUCCAUAUAUUUGUCCUUGUUAACGUCCUCAGAAGGCCGAUCAUAGUUCUUGCAGAUAAAAUGCUGAGAAGCUUGGAGUCCGGUUCAAGUUUUUCUCCUCUGAACGUCAGUGGAAUUUACUUGCCUCUCCAUUGGCCAGCCGAAGAAUGCUAUAGAUAUCCUAUUGUCCUGGGCUAUGACAGCAUGCAUUUCACACCACUGCUCACUCUGAAGGACAGCGGGCCAGAAAUCCGGGCUGUCCCACUGGUCAGCAGUGAACGAGGCAGGUUUGAAGACUUGAAAGUGCACUUUCUGACGGAUGCUGAGGAGAGGGGAAAGGAACAGCUACUGAAAGAGUACCUGAUGGUGAUAGAGAUUCCAGUGCAAGGCUGGGACCAUGGUACAACUCAUUUAAUUAAUGCUGCAAGGUUAGAUGAAGGCAACUUACCGAAAGAGAUAAAUCUGGUGGAAGAUUACUUUCAAUUGGUACAGCAUGAGUACAAGAAAUGGCAAGAAAACAAUGAGCCUAUUGCAAGGGAGCUCUGUACCAGGAAUAAACGGGAACUCUCCUUACCCCAGCUGUCUCUUGUAGAGAUGAAAUGUGAAACUCCCAAUUGUCCCUUCUUCAUGUCUGUGAACACCCAGCCCUACUGUCACGAGUGCUUUGAGCAGAGGCAUCAGGGAAAUAAUACAAGGAGACCGAGCAACAAAACAGCACCUGAAAAGCCGAGAUCAGCUGGAGCAGGCUCAUCUAGAGUUGAAUUUUGUGAACCUGGGGGAGGGCCAUCUGAAGAGCCAAUGACAGGGCCUCAUUCUGCACCUCCAACAGCUCCAAGCCUUUUUCUGUAUAGUGAAACCACGGCUAUGAAAUGCAGGACUCCAGACUGCCCUUUUACAUUAAAUGUGCAACACAAUGGACUCUGUGAACGCUGCUACAAUUCCAGACAGAGACAUUUAAACAGUGUGACAUGUAAAAUCUGCCUUCAGGACACAAACAGGACCUUUAAUGGCAUCUGCAGCACUUGCCUCAAAAGGACUACUGAGCCGUCAAUUGCCAGUCCUGGCUUCCUACCUACAUUCCAUCAGAGGUCUACCUCCGACCCUUCACAGUCGCCGAGCGUCCUUCAGCACUCCUGUCAUACAGUGCCCAGUAAUGAGCUGGAGGAGCUGCCUUCUGCAGUUAUGCUUCAGGCUGCUCACAAUCUGGAGGAAAGGAGUGGAAGUAGCCAGUGCAGAAAACCUGGCUGCAGGUAUUUUGGGACUUCUCAGAAUGAAGGCUUUUGCACUCUAUGCUUCUUUGAGUACAGGGAAAAUAAUGGAAGUGCCUCACAGAUUCAUCAGAGAAAGUCUCAAAGAAAUUCUCCUGCUUCUAGUCAGCCUGGGACUUCUGUUGCCACAUUCCAUAACACUGUUUCUUGUCUGGGGCGAGAAUGUGGCACCCUGGGCAGCAGUAUGCUUGAAGGGUACUGUCAGAAGUGUUUUAUUGAAGCACAGAAUCAACGAUUCCGUGAAGCCAGGACUGAACAGCAGCUAGCGAGACAAUCUGAAAGAACUGGGCAACACAGAGAUGUACAGCUAUCUACAGCUGGGAGCCAAAAGCGAAAGUGUGCCACAGCUUCUUGUAGAAACAAUUUAGCCUGCAGAAAUGAUGAGCUGUGUCAGGAGUGCCAGUGCAGCAAUCCAAGAGUACAGUCUGGGAAUCCUAGAGUAUCCGCAGCAGAAGAGCCUCCGAAACAGCACUGCCGAGCCACUGGCUGUGAUCAUUAUGGGAAUAAUAAGUGCAAUGGCUACUGCAAUGAAUGCUACCAGUUCAAGGAGAUGUAUGGCUAGCAGAGAAGUCCUGGCAAAGAGCAAGGAAGCAACAUUUGCUUUUACCUCGCUGAAAUGGUGCUACGUCCAAAACACUUAAUAGGCCAGCCAUGGCAAGGACCGUAUUAACCCUGUGUGUUACAUAUACAUAGGGCUUUGGGGGGAGAAAUAAGCUGUCUGGUUUUGUACAUAUUUAUGUCCAUGGGUAUGAAUAAAUAUCCACUUAAUAUAUACACUGCAAACAUGGACCAAUGAGAAGUCAGUUUGCUUUCUGCACAGAAGACUUGCAGAAAUGACCUGCUAUAAUGCUGACUCCAAACUCCCUCUCCUCUCAGAUUUCAAAAUUCCUAGAGUGCCUAUUGAGGCAGAGUGAAGCAUUUGAAAACAGAUAAUUUUGUAACGUGGCCUCUGCGCUAAUACCUCCCCUGCACCUUCUCAGAACUGAUCAUUCAGAGCACAAGGACACUCAGCCAAUGUCUGAGAUGCAGAGCUUCUUGAAAUGACCUCCAUCAGUGUUUUGCUCAGUGUGAGUCUGGCUCCUCUUGAGAGGACUCCUGGAUGAAAGUCUGACACAAGUUGGGGUGAAAUGGGGGUGAGAAUUUAUAUAAGAAAUUUGCUUUUGCUUUCUUGCAUAUUUGCCUUCAUUUAAGAGCUCUGUUUCACAUGUAGAGUGUUCUGAUUGGUUCUGCAUUUGCUGAGCCCUUGGGAGAAAAGUCAGAAGUGAAGGACAAUCCACUGCCUGCCCUGUCAUCACACUCAAUAGGUUUAACCCUUAUACCUUCCUUUCCAAAAAACAAAAAUUAUGGUGACGUAAUGAGUAACCCCACAACCUUCAGCUACAAAAUUGUUUAUGUGAAGGUAGGAAGGAAAUGCUGCCACAAGGUAUGAGAAACACAGCCCUAGGUUUUGAUGCUGAUGCCAGAUUGACCCUCUGUUGUCUUUGGUGUAGGAAGAAGCACAGUAGCAGUCAGAGCUGUGCAAACUGCAUCAAGAGCCCAAUCCUGCAAAAUACCAAGCACUUCUUGUGCAGUAGUAAGAACCAAACCUUCUUGUUUUGGAAGAUAAGGGCACAGCACAUCUCAGGAUUGGGCCCUGAUAAUCUCUGCAGUUGCUGCCAUCCAGGAUAUCUGUUUGUUCAGCUGAAGGACUUUAUUUUAUUUUUGUAAUAGUUUUCUACCGUGGCAGGGUAUACUGGAUGUAAUAUAGUCAUUCGUGAGAUCCAGCCCAUAUCCUGCAGCUGAGACACCAAUUCUGCCACUUAUUCUUUCUUAUGUUAGAGGGUUACUUUUUAAAGGCUUCAUUACAUUUUGGGGUCGAUUACAAAGUAAACUCCCUGGUACACAACAAUGGCCACCUGUGUGGCUCCUGUAGCUGCUGUCCGUGUCUAAUGAUUGCAAAUUUGCAUCCCUCCUGGCUUUAGAAUGAGGUUGGGACUUACAUUUGCAGGAAUGAGAUGGCCUGGCUUUUGUUGCUGCUGUUUGAGGUACCUGAUCAGUUUCUAGGGAGAAAUCCUGACUCCAUUGAAAUUUUAAAAAAGCAUUGCUAUGGACUUCAAUGGCACCAUGAUUUCACACCUAGAGCUCAGGCCUCCACUUCUCAAGCUACAUUUCUUUCUCUAACAAACUUGCUGCCUUCCUGUGUCAAAAUCUGCUCUUGUUUCCCUUUGCUUUUCAUCCCACACCGUCCCCCAGUUUUUCAGCUUUUAUUGCUGCUAUUAUUUUGGAGGAAAAGGCACGUAUGACACUUGCUCCGACGUGCUUUUCAAAUGAAAUCUUCUGCUAGUGUGUCUAUCCAAAACUACUUGGUUUUGAAUUUGUGUAUAUAUAUAUUUAUAUAUAUUUGUAGUUGAAAUUUUAAAAUAAAUGUGAAACUUACAAUAUUUAUAUUAUUCAAAUGACAUAACUUGAAAUUUGCACAGUUAAGGGAUUUUUUUUAGCAUAAUAAUUUUACUUGUACUGAAUUUCACAGGUUUUGACUAAGUCAAUGUAUAACUGCAAAAAAAUUCUCCAAUAUAAAGAAAUAAAUUAUUGAAGGAUUAACUUUGAUAUUUUACAUUCAUGAUUGAUGGGAGAAGAAUAUAGGUACCCGGCACUGAUCCAGGAAAGCAUCUCUAUUCAGGCCAACACUUCAGCAUGUGCUUAAAGUUAAACAUGCCCCACGGAUUUGAGAAUGUGCUUACCUGAACUGGGACUAUGUAGCCCAGUCCUUUGAGGAGCAAAGUACUAUUGCUGCUGAGCAUACUUAGAUGUUACUGAAGUCAGUGGCCUUGGAAAAAGAGCUCAGCACUUUUCAGGAUACUACACAUGAAGCAAACAACUUCCUUAGGGGUGUGGAUCCUGAGUAGCUUCAGCUCUCAUUGAAGUCAGUGUGAGCUCAGGACACGCAGCAGAACCUGAACCAACGAUGAGUAAUGAAAGCAAAGCUAAGAACAGUUGGCCAUGUUGCUUGGAACUUCUAAACCUAGGAAGGAAGUUCUUUUGACUGAAAGCAUUAAAUCCCCUUGAUAUUUUCUCUGCAACUUUCUGGGGCCAUUACUCAUAACUCUAAAGUCACAUGAAGUUUUAUAUCACUCUGAUGUCUCUUAUGUAAAUGAGCACACACUCUGUCCAUGUGAUUUAGUUGUGCGGGAAUGACAAAGCAAAUAUAUUUUACACACCUUGGUAUUUCCCUAAUCUUCUUAGGGGGAUUUUGAUUUUCUGAAGGUUGAUGACCUCUGUGUGAGCACCUAGUAUUUCUCUUUGGAUUUUUAUGUGUCUUCUUUCCUGUAUUGCAAGAGAAGAAAAUAGGUGGGGUUUCUCCCUUUUUCACCAUUUCUAGAGAUCUCUGGUGUUAGAUGACUAAAUAAAAAAACUUAGUUUUGUCAGGUUUCUCUUCUUA